AUGUUUGCUACAGCAUUGGCGAUCAUUCCACUGCUUAUGCUUGUUGGUGCUUUUACAUCGUCAAAUGAAGACGUCUAUUAUACGUGCACAAAUGAUCCGAAGAUAUACGACAUCAACCUGUAUGCACAUCUAGACAAAAUGACGAUGGAUGCAAUCAAGGACGCCGCAGGUAAAGGUAAAGAUGAAAAAGAUGCCGCCUAUCAUUAUCUGUAUGAUCAAGUCCUGGCGCCAUACAACGACUUUCUAAGUGAUUAUAAAGUCAGAAUUACUCUGAAUUUGGUCGAUCGCGAUUCAAACUCGAUACCGGGAAUGGCAUUUGACCGCUCGUGCGAGCGUCAAGAUCCUUUGGAAAGGGUUAAGCAGAUGCAUGAUUACGAGACCAACAUGUACAAAGGGAAUAUAGGUGUGCAUCUGUUCCUGUGGAGUUGCCCAAGCAGGACAGAAGCGAUGUCUGGCAAUGUAGCGGUUUAUGGCGAUCCAAAAGGGUGUGGGCGAGCCAUUGGGGUCAUCUGGGAUGGUACAAGGCCAACAGUCAACUACAUCAUGCAGGGAAUAUCGGAGGCGAUUUCUGGAGUGCGAGAAAUGUUCGUAGAUGGGAUGGAGCUUACAGCAAAGCAGAUGAAAGAUUUUCAGAUAGUCUGCAAUUAUGUUUACCACUGUAUAACUGUAAACAAGUCCAUCAAUGGAAGCAUUCGUUAUAAUGAUGAAUUGAGUAGCAAUGAUAAUGCAGAAAAUAUUUACUCGCAGUACACGUAA